AUGGGGUUUCGAAUCCCGUUCGAGAAGUACAAGGGCUACAACUUGGUGGUGAACGGGUGGAAUGAGCUGGUCUAUGGAGAGAAGAAGAAGAGCUGGACCGGGUUGAACGCCGGAGUGCUCUUGAUUCGAAACUGCGAGUGGUCGAUGGAGCUGAUUGACGAGUUGUCCGGCCUCAUUUACUUGCUAAUCAACAACGGCACCGGCGCCGGCAAAGGGCGAGAGUUCAGGGAGAAAGUCUACCUGGAAGACGAGUACGAUUUCCUGCGGUACUGGUUAGACCGGGCGGGUUCGUUCGAGAAUGUGACUCGGGACUACGACGACGUAAUGGAGGGGAAGGAUGGCGGCGUUUUAAGGCGGAGGCACGCUGAGGGAGUGAGCGAGUUCUACGGCGGGAUGCUAGAAGAGCGGAUCAAGGAGUGGGAUUGUAAGAAGAGGAGGUCGCUGAUCACGCAUUUUACAGGGUGCGAGCCGUGUUCCGGCGAGCACAAUCCGAUGUACAGCUGGGGAGAUUGCUACGAUGGGAUGGUGAAGGCUUUGAAUUUUGGUGAUAAUCAGAUAACUGACUCUGCCGAAUCCUCCUUCACCUGGGAGAAAGUCUACCUCGAAGAUGAGUACGAUUUCCAGCGGUACUGGUUAGACCGGGCGGGUUCGUUCGAAAAUUUGACUCGGGACUACGACGACGUAUUGGAGGGGAAGAACGGCGGCGUUUUGAGGCGGAGGCACGCCGAGGGAGUGAGCGAGUUCUACGGCGAGAUGCUGGCAGAGCGGAUCAAGGAGUGGGAUCGUAGCAAGAGGAGGUCGCUAAUCACGCAUUUUACAGGGUGCGAGCCGUGCUCCGGCGAGCACAAUCCGAUGUACAGCUAG